UCCGAAGAAGCCUUUGUUGCUCUCCUGGUUCCUGUUCCUGCUCGUUCUGGUGCUCCUGGUCUCAUGUUACAUCCUGUCCAGCAACUCUCUGUCGCAGUGGGACAGCCAUCCCCUCCAGUACUACCACAGGUUUCUCAACCAAACCCGUCGGGUUAAUCUACCUCCUCAUCGUGUCCAUCCCAAACACAGAGUCAAACCAACGGGAAUGUAUGAAACCACAGAACGCCCUACCGUACCGCCGACCGUGGCCCCUACAGGUGCUCGGUUCCAUCAGGCCUACCCACGCAACUACCACUUCAUCAUGGACAACCAAGAGGUAUGCGAGACCGAGACUCCUUUCCUGGUCCUGAUGGUUCCGGUGGCACCGAAAAACGUGGCGGCUCGGGACGCAAUCCGGCAGACGUGGGGCAAAGACAGCGUGGUUCAGGGCCAGGUGGUGCUCACUCUGUUCAUGCUGGGCCUCUCUGGAGGAGCUGAUGUGCAGGAGAAGCUCCGACAGGAGAAUCUCCAGCGCCGUGACUUGAUCCAGAGCGACUUCAUGGACACGUACCUCAAUCUGACCAUCAAAACCAUGGUGAUCAUGGACUGGCUGGCCACUCGCUGCCGGUCGGCCGCAUACGCCAUGAAGGUCGACUCGGACAUGUUCCUGAACAUCGACAACUUGGUGGUCAUGCUGCAGAAGCCGGGCAUCCCCAAGGUGGACUACCUGACAGGGAUGCUGAUGUGGAACAGGCCAGUCGUCCGUUCAAAGGACUCCAAGUGGUACGUCCCGGAGGAGAUGUACCCGGAACCCCAAUACCCCACCUACACUCUGGGC